UUAUUAUUGGCCAGUCGGUCGUGUGCCUGUAUUCGGUCGUCACCGCAGAUCUGAUGCCCCCGCACCGUACCCGAGCCGCAACCGCUGGGGGGUGGGCACUGUACAGACGUUUUUCAUUUUUGCGUCAUCGUCGAUAAAUAAAUCGUCAUCGCCGCGGGGCCGCGUCGUACUGACCUCGGCGGACAUAUUAUAUUAAAUUUGUAGGUUUUCCCCAGACGGUUACGGAUCUAAGAAUCCGUACACGAGUUAUACAAGUAUCACGAGAUGUCGAGAUUUGCGACCUGUGCACACGAGCGAUGCAUACAUACUAUAGUCGGUCCAUUACGGCUAUAAAAAAUAUUCAAGGUGAUAUAUGUCGAAAAGGCCAAAGACCAGAACAAGAUUAUGUGUGCACGGAUGCACGGAAUUGUAAGGUUUUACAAGAAAGUAUUAAUACUCGUAAAUAUCUUGAAAUUUGUAAAUUCAAUGGCUUACAACCGAUAGUUUGCUGUCCGAAAAUGGCUAACGGACCGUUAAUUGAAAUACCAGAAAAUAAUAAAAAAAAUUCAAUAUCUGUCGAUAAAAAAUGUAAUGAAUAUUUCAAAUUAACGAACACAGUGCAAUCUGAAACUCCGUUGAAUACUCGAUUAGAUAAUGGUCCGUAUUCAGCUGUGGGUGGUAUACCAACUAGCAUAAAACAGUUUCCACACAUGACGCUAAUAGGAUUUGGUGAAACCACAGAAAAUGGAGAGGAUUGGAGAUGUGGGGGCUCGCUGAUUAGUGAAAGGUGGAUAUUGACUGCAGCGCACUGUCAACAAGCAAAUGCUGGGAGUAUGGCUCGUUGGGCUCGUCUCGGAGUUUCGGAAAGAGUCGUUGAUGAAAGCAACUUAGAUAAACCUAAAGACUAUCAAAUUGUACAACAUGUAAUACAUCCCGGUUAUAAACCACCUUCGCUAUACAACGAUAUAGCUCUAUUCCGUUUGGAAAGAGAUGUAGAAUUUUCUGAUGCAGUGCGACCGAUUUGUCUUAACUCAAAUCCGAAUUUAACGCCAUUAAAACAGAUACUUACUGGUUGGGGACGAAUCUCAACGGCUGGACCUCUUAGUGAUAAUUUGUUGAAAGUGGAUUUGGAUAUUUUCUCGACGAAACAGUGCAAUGAAAGUUAUUUUUCAAACAAUAAUCCAAAAUUACAAUUUGGCAUAUUGCCUGAUAGCAUGAUAUGUGCGGGUUCGUUUGAUGGUGAAAAAGACAGUUGUUCGGGUGAUUCUGGAGGUCCACUUCAAUUAGAACAUGACAAUUACACCGGAAUGUAUACACAAUACGGAAUUACAUCUUUUGGGAAAUUUUGUGGUGACAAGGAUACACCUGGAAUUUAUACUAGAGUAUCCAAAUACAUAGCUUGGAUCGAAAAAAUAGUGUUUUCAAAUAAUUAAAGAUAUUCAAUAAUAGUUUUUUUUUCUAUAAAAAGCUUAUACUACAGUCUACAUUGCUGACUUGCGCUCAACUCUUCAUAAUAGUUCUUCAGAUGAUUUUUACUAAAAUAGUUAUUAAUUGUUUGGACACCAAUUUGAUCAUUUUAACACCUCAUUAGUAUUAAAAUAUUGAAUAAUAUGUUUGGAUACUAGUAUUUUAACGUAUUUAUUUUAGAAUAUUAAAAGCCUAUCUGGUGCUCUAUGACUAUGAAAAUCUCCAGUUUUGACCUAUUUUCAUUUUUCACCACAUUUUGUACAUUAUUUGGUGUCCAUGACAGGUCGUAGACUAAUUUUUAUCCUUGGAUUUAACCCUUAAAUGUUGGCUUGAAAACAGAUAAUCGUUUAGAUAUAUAUUGUUGCCAUUGCAGGUUAUAGAAAACAAAAUAAAUAUUAUGAAUUAUGAUUAAGUGUAAUUUGCUUUAUUGUAUUAUAUGUGUAUAAUAAAAGUGUUAGUACCUAAGUAAUUGUCGUAGAAACUUAAUAUAAAUAUAGCCAAUUUCAAUGUUAA